AUGGCGGGUGCCACGACGGAAGAUGUAUGGAUUAUCAUUCGGUACACGUGGCUGAAGAUGCUUCAGAAAACAGCCAGGCUGGGUCCUGGGGAAUGGAUCAAGCUCAAUGCGUUCAUCGAAUUAGCGAGGGACACAGUGGUCAGAUGCGAUAGCAUCCUCGCCGAGUGGAACCACCGGAGAGAACGCGAGUCCUGUCUAAAGCUGUAUGGUGCUCUACGAGGGUUCCCCAUUGCAAAGUGGAAGACGCUGGAUGUGUCUUGGCAGACCCAGGACGGUCUUAUGAGGUUUCCAAUGCGCAAUUAA